UAGGCGUGGUCAAUAAAAUAUGGCGGAUCGUGACAAAGAAACAAUCGCAGAAGAAUACAUUUCUUCUCUCCAGAGGAGACUAGAUCUACUAGAAGAGAGACUCAUAGGGCAGGAAAAGGUACGGGAGGGCCAGCCACAGCUCGUACAUCUCCUAAAAACGAUAGACGGGAAGCUAAAAGCACUGGUACAAUCAAUGAAAGGCAACUGUGUACAACAAGUAUGGGACACGAUACCAGACUUGGAGAGAAUCCUCGACCCAGCCUACCUGAGAUCUCUCAACCUUAACGCCCCAGCAAAAAAAGAGCUACUCCUUUAUUACGUUGAGCAGCUACAAAAAUACCAAAACGACAUUGACGACCUUCAGCUUUUAAAAGAAACCGUGAACACUACCUCAUACCAAGGAACUGAAGCCGUCGAGAAAGACCUCUCUCAACUUGCUGCUACCCACGUACAGCAAGAGGAUGAGGUUGUUAGCUUGACGUCACGUGUACAUCUCUUUAUAGACCAGUACACUAAACUUAUCUUGCAGCUGUCAGCUCAGUGCGUGGAAUGGGACGAGGUGGUGACACAGCUGGAAACACAGCGGAAAUGAUUUAGUGAAACAAUGAAGGCUAAUCAUCUACUACCAUUAAUGGAGGACAUCAUGGAUUUAACUAUAAAGUGCAACAAUUAGUGCCUAUUAUAAUAAUAAUACUAUUAUUUUAUUAUACAUUCUCGUACACGAUUUUAUUAUUAUUAUU